GCUCGAGCCACGAACUUCUCCCAACAAUGUCUCCAAAUCCUUAAACACUUUCCUCUCAUUUCCUCUCCAACCUUCAAUUCUGCACUCUAGGGUUUGAUUUCAAUCUUCAAUCUUCACGUCAUGGAAAAACACUCCUUGAAAUUGACAGUAGAGAAAGGCCCUCGAGAGGGAGAAUCCCUAAUUCGCAAACCUGGAUCUUUUAUCCAAAUCGGUAGACUCGUUAAAGGCAACACCUUCUCCAUCAAAGACUCAGGGAUUUCAUCGAAGCACAUGUUGAUCGAAUUCAAAGACGCCAAAUGGGUUGUUUCAGAUCUCGACAGCUCAAACGGUACUUUACUUAACGACAUUAAGUUGCAGGGUUUGGUAACUUACGAUUUAAGGGAUGGGGACAUGAUCAAGAUUGGAGAGUACACAUCUAUCAAGGUGAAUAUUAUGGAAGAAGCAAAGGUUGAUAACCGUUCCAAAAGGGCUGCGAGAGGAACUUCUGUGGAAGAAGUGAACGGGUUAGGUUCAGAGAAUGGAGAGAGUCAGGUGAGGAGAAAUCCGAGGCGAGGAGCGGCUUCUAAGAAGGUUCCCAAGGAGGAGCCCACAAAAUACGACUCUGAAAUUCAAAUUGUUCCUGAAAAAUCGAAUUUAGCAGCGGAGGAUGAUGGGGAAGCAAAGGUCUUGCCUCCUUUACGGGGACGGGGACGAGGCCGAGGUCGGGGUAGAGGAGCUGCGGCGAGGAUUGGGGCUUUGAAAGAUGGUGAACUUUUGAAGUCUUCUGAGGUUCAGGGGAUCCCUGGAAGUUCAAAUGUAGGGCCAGAAAGUAGUAGAUACCAGGACAAUGUAGUCACAGUUGGUGAGAAUCGGACCAGGGGAGCAGCUUCGAAGAAUCAAUCUAGUGACUCCGGAUCUGUGGUUCAUAAGAUUACUGAGAGUUCCAUUUUAGGUGGAGAGAGCUGCGGAGAAGCUGCUGGUGUAGUUCCAGUUGUUGUAGAGAAGCUAAGGCCGGUAGUGGCUCGAAGAAGGACUAGAUCUUCAAGGGAUAAUGAUGAAACUUCAGUUUCGGUUUCGGGGCUUCCAGAGAUUCCUGAACGUUCAUGUUUAGGCCAAGAGAGUUGUAGAGAGCCAGAGAAUAAAGUUCUUGUAGAAGAGAAGCGGGGAGAAAGAGUGGCACUUGAAGGGUACAAGGUUUCAGAGGAUGAGAUUUUAGCCCCUGUCCCAAUUCCUGCUUCUGAUACUCAAUUGGGUGUGUCAAAUUCAGAGAAUAAGACUUGUAAGGAAAGCAGUAGAGAACCAGAGAAUGUGGUUGCCGUUGCAGAGAAUCAGACUCAGCAAGGUUCUCGGAGAAGGAUGAGGGCAUCGAAGAAUGAACCUGCAGAAUCUGUUUAUGAGGUUCGUAAUUUUAUUAAAAGUCCCACUUUUGUUCAAGAGAGCUGCAGUGAACCAGAGAAUGCAGCUCCUGUUGAACAGAAGCUAAGACAGCGAGCAACUUCAAGAAGGACUAGGUCUUCGAAGGAUGAUACUGAACCUUCAGUUUCCGUUUCUGUUUCAGAGGUCCCAGAUAUUCCUGAAAGUUCAAAUUUAGGUCAAGGCAAUUGUAGAGAACUGGAGAAUGGGGCCCAUGUAGAAGCGCACAGAGGGAAAGUUGCACUUGAAGGGAUCAAGGCCUCAGAAGAUGCAGUUCAGCUGGGUGGAUCAAAUUCACAGAAGGAUGCUAAUAAGAAACCGAUGAGUACAAGUGCUGUUAAAGAGAAUCCUGCGAAGGUUGAUUAUGCAAAGGAGUUAGAGAAGAUGACACUGGGAGAGUGGUUUGACUAUAUGGAGGUUUAUUUACCAAAGCAGAUAUAUGACACAACUGAAGAAAUUAUUUUGGGUAUGAGGGAGAGAGCUAAGAAGUUCAAUGAAUUUAUGUCACAGCAGCAGCAGAAAGGGAAGGCUAAGCAACCUGCAGUUUGAUCUGUUGGACAACAGAUGCAUAUGAAUGUUCUUGUAUAAUUCUUACAACUUUUACUUUUUGGAAUGGUUUUAAGAAUGUUGUAUCACAUGCCAAUGUUUGAUUGGAAGUGAUGAUUCUGACUUACAUCUGGUUCCCUUCAUCGUUCUCCCUAACUUGUUCUAUUGUAUUUUUAAGUCUGUUAUCUUCUAACUGGUAGUUAGUCAUAUAUAAUCUCUUUAAUUGCACAAA